UGAAAGGGCUGGAACCACUAACAGAGUAACAAGUGGGAGGAGCCCUCGAGCCAUUUAAUCAAGCUUGUGCGGCGUCUGCUUCUGAGAAAACAUCAUCGAGAACUUCUGUAGUUGCAGGCGGUGAUAGAACAACGUUAGUGGCUGAAAACAGAUUUGCAGUCAUGGGUAAAGAUCCAAAUAAGCCCAGGGGAAAGACGUCCUCAUAUGCCUUCUUUGUUCAAACGUGCCGGGAGGAGCACAAGAAGAAACACCCAGGCACCUCCGUGAACUUCACCGAAUUCUCCAAGAAAUGUUCGGAACGGUGGAAGGGCAUGUCUGCCAAGGAGAAAGGAAAGUUUGAGGACAUGGCCAAAACCGACAAAGUUCGUUAUGACCGUGAAAUGAAAACCUACGUGCCUCCCAAAGGCGCAGUUGGGAAGAUGGGAAAGAGAAAGAAGGAUCCCAACGCCCCCAAGCGUCCACCGUCUGCAUUUUUCGUCUUCUGCUCGGAUCACCGAGCAAAAAUCAAGGGGGAGAAUCCAGGCAUCUCUAUUGGCGACAUUGCUAAGAAGCUUGGUGUCAUGUGGUCAAAUAUUACCCCCCAGGAAAAAAAACCGUAUGAGCAGAAGGCACUUAAGCUGAAGGAGAAAUAUGAAAAGGAUGUUGCAGCCUAUCGUGCUAAGGGGGUAAAAACCGAUGCUGGUAAGAAGGGUGGACCAGGUCGGCCAGCAGGAGGGAAGAAGGCAGCACCAGUAGAUGAUGAUGACGAUGAUGAUGAUGAGGAUGAUGAGGAGGAAGAGGAUGACGACGAAGAUGACGAUGAUGAUGAUGACGAUGAUUAAAGUGCUUGGAAAUUUGAGCUGGAUUAUUUUCAAAACAAUGUGAACACGCAAUGAAUUGUUAUAUUUUUAGAUUUUCAAAACGUGUACAGAAAUGUUUAACUGUUGUGCAUAUCAAGGGUCAUUUACUGUUUUGUAAAUUAACAGCUUUUUUUGUUUUUUCCUAAAGCACUGCUUUCUCAUGGGUAGUGGUAAUUGCCCUCCCAUCUCCAUUUUUGAACUGGUUUCUACUGCUGUGUAAAGGAUUCAGAGGAACAAGUCUUGUUUAGUAAAUGUAAUGCAGUUUUUUAAAAACUGAGCUUUAAAUUGUGUGUAGACGGAACUUUUUUAUAUAAUAAAGUUUUGUAUAUUAUGAUCGACCACA